UAUCAUGUUUAUGUGUGUGUAUUAUGAACAUGAAUUCUGUGCACUAUGAACAUGAAUUUUGUGUAUUAUAAAAUCAAAUUUUGUGUAUUGAACCAGAGUCCACAAUGCACUAUAGAUUCUGAUCCACGAUAUAAUUUGUCCUUGUUUUACUCUCUAUUUUUAAUUUUUAAUAGCUCUGAUAUCGGUCUAGGCCGAAUGACUAUCAUAUUGGGCAUCUCAAAUAUAUCCUAACCCAAUAUUGAAUCGUCAAGCUCAUAGGAAAGCCCGCCCUUUUUCUAUAUAUAUUCUAACCUAAUAUUGAUUCGUCAAGCUCACAGGAAAGCCUGCCCUUUCUCCACCGUCUCGGUUGGGGUCUCAUCUGAGGUCUGAUCAAUUCCCCGGAAGAAAAAAACAACAAAUAAGGGCUUCAGAUUAUAGGCGGUUUCUAACAUUGCACUCUGUAUUUUCGGUUUUAUUUAACUACUACUAUUAUACAGUUUUGUAGAAUUUCCUAGUUAGUUGAGCUGGUGUCAGUCAUAUACUUGUACAACAAUGGCAGACAGUAAGUACAAUGUUGAAGCUGCAGAAAUUGUCGCCAACGAGGCAAUGCGUUUGCCAAUUGCUGAGGCAGUGCCUAUAUAUGAGCAACUGCUGUCUACUUUUCCUACUGCUGCGAAAUAUUGGAAACAGUAUGUCGAGGCACAUAUGGCUGUAAAUAAUGAUGAUGCCACAAAGCAAAUUUUCAGUCGUUGUUUAUUGAACUGUCUGCAAAUUCCUCUUUGGCGCUGUUAUAUUCGUUUUAUCAGAAAGGUAAAUGAUAAGAGGGGAACUGAGGGUCAGGAAGAAACCAAGAAAGCUUAUGAGUUCAUGCUUAACUACGUUGGAGCAGACAUUGCCUCAGGCCCCGUCUGGAUGGAGUACAUUGCAUACUUAAAGUCCUUGCCUACUCUAACUGCACAAGAUGAAUCUCAAAGAAUGACUGCAGUAAGGAAAGCAUACCAAAGAGCUAUUGUUACGCCAACCCAUCAUGUUGAACAACUUUGGAGGGACUACGAGAAUUUUGAAAAUUCAAUUAGCCGAGCUCUGGCAAAAGGUCUUAUAUCGGAGUAUCAGCCGAAAUAUAAUAGUGCAAAGGCAGUUUACAGAGAGAUGAAAAAGUAUAUUGAUGAAAUUGACUGGAAUAUGCUUGCUGUGCCACCUUCUGGUUCUUCCAAGGAAGAAAUGCAGUGGACGGCAUGGAAAAGGUUCCUAGCCUUUGAAAAAGGAUAUCCUCAAAGGAUAGAUACUGCUUCUGCUAAUAAAAGAAUUGUCUUCGCGUACGAGCAGUGCCUCAUGUACUUGUAUCAUUAUCCUGACAUAUGGUAUGCCUAUGCUACCUGGCACGCAAAGUGUGGCUCAGUAGACUCUGCAAUAAAAGUUUACCAGCGAUCUUUAAAGGCUUUACCUGAUUCAGAGAUGCUGAGAUAUGCUUAUGCUGAACUUGAAGAAUCUCGUGGAGCCAUUCAGGCUGCAAAGAAGGUGUACGAAAGUCUUAUGGGAGAUGGAACUAAUGCCACAGCACUAUCACUUAUCCAGUUUAUUCGAUUCUUAAGGAGGACAGAAGGAGUUGAAGCAGCUUGCAAGUACUUUCUUGAUGCACGCAAAUCACCAAAUUGCACUUAUCAUGUUUAUGUAGCUCAGGCAAUGAUGGAAUUCUGUCUUAACAAGGAUGCUAAGGUGGCACGUAAUGUGUUUGAAGCAGGGUUGAAAAACUUUAUGCAUGAACCUGAAUACAUUCUUGAGUAUGCAGAUUUCCUUUCUCGUUUGAAUGAUGAUAUUAAUAUUAGGGCCUUGUUUGAACGGGCAUUGAGCUCUCUUCCACCUGAGGAAUCUCUUGAGGUUUGGAAAAGAUUCUCUCAAUUUGAGCAGAUUUAUGGUGAUCUUGCCAGCAUGUUGAAGGUUGAGCAAAGAAGAAAAGAAGCCCUUUCUAGGACAGGUGACGAUGAAGCAUCAAUAUUAGAGAGUUCACUGCAAGAUAUUGUAUCACGCUAUAGUUUUAAGGAUCUGUGGCCUUGCUCUUCCACGGCACUGGAUUAUCUUUCACGGCAAGAGGUGCUUGUAAGGAACAUGAAUAAGAAGGUUGAGAAAUCAACAGCUGGUGUUGAGACAGAUGGCAGUAUGCCAGGAGUUUCAUCCAAUACAAACUCUGCCAAGUUUGUGCGUCCAGAUACUUCUAAAUUGGCUAUUUAUAAUCCAAAGCAAACACCAGGCACCUUGCCUUACUCUGGCAUUCAAUUAAACAGUAACGGGCAACCACCAAAUGUACUGGGUGAUGUUCUGAAAUCAUUGCCACCUGCAUUGGCAGCAUUCAUAUCAAAUUUGCCAGCUGUUGAGGGCCCAUCUCCAGAUGCUGAUUUUGUGAUAUCUGUGUGCCUGCAAAGCAACAUUCCUUCAGUUACAGGCAAACCAGCGGCUGUGUCUCAUUCAGCACAGUCAGGGCCUGUUCCAUCUACGAGCAACCGCUCUGAUUCAAGCAAAUUCAAAACAAGAGACAGACUACUUGGAAAGAGGAAAGAUAUGGACAGGCAAGAUGAUGAUGACACGUCGACUGUGCAGAGCCAGCCUCUACCUAGAGAUCUUUUCAAGAUUCGACAACUACAUAAGUCUCGGGUUUCCAGUUCACACACAGGAUCGGUAUCAUAUGGGAGUGCAAUUUCUGGAGAGCUCUCUGGAAGCACCAGUUGA